AUGUUGCACCUUGGCAGAACCCACGGCGCCAGGAUUCAGGAAUUGUGGAUUACUUCGUUCUUGGAUCCGCGGAUCUACACCGACUUCCCUGCUCCUGCUCUCCAUCAGUUGGCAAUUCAGUCGAAUCCCAUCUCCGAUAGGCCAUAUCUCAUCGAGCUUUUCCAAGGCGAAGCGCCAUUGCUACGCUCGCUGGCGCUGCAGUCAUCUUCCUGGCUUCCGGCAAAUCUCUUCACGAAUCUUACACGUCUAUACCUCUCAUCCUUCAUCCAACGGCCUGGUUUGCCUCGUGCAAACUGGACACUCUACAAUUUGUCGUCCUUCCUGGCGAAGUGUCCUGCACUGGAAGAUGUCUUCAUUCAUCCUAGACAUCCCAUGGGGCUGAGAGACGCCACAUUGCCUAUCAUCAGGUUAAGGCAUCUCAAGACUAUCAUUUUGGCAGGCGUGUCCUUGAACCUCGUUUUAUGGUUUCUGCACCAUGUCACUAUACCUACAGGGGAUGUAACAGUCCGGAUUCUCUGGCUCUGCCGUAGUGGCAUCGAGACUACCCUUUUACCUGUCCUCCCCCAUCUGCCUGAGCUCGUCGGUCUACGCAAGCUUCAUAUACAGCUCGCUCCCGCCAAGGAUAAUUCUAUGAAAGCUCUCGUCCGGGUCGCAUUAUCUACUGCGAACACCUCGUUAGAGCUCCGUAUCGACGACAUGAUCGAGCAUGUGGAGGAAAGCCAAGACCCGGGCUGGACGUCUGCCUUACUGGCAUCGCUCGCCAACCGCAUGGCUCUCUCGAAUAUCACGGAGAUGCAAGUCAUCGACGGUGGCUGGAUCCAGAAGUUCUUCGACUUCCCCGCGUUGUUCGCGCUGCUGCCCGCGCUGUCCGUGCUCGUGUACAGUAAGGGCAAUAAGGACCAGUUCGUGCGCCUGCUCAAGCAUUUGCUGCCCCUUAGCUCCGGUCCCGAUCCUGCGCCCUGCCCCUGCACGCACCUCGCGACUCUGCAUGUCUGCGUUGGUGAGAUCCCGACGAUGAUUGAUGAUAUGGUCUCGUUUGCAUGCGACCGUCGUGCCUGCGGACGUCCGCUGCGCAAGUGCAUCGUCGAGGUUGCAUCGGGGAUGACUGAGAGCUGUGAUGCAAGUAAACUGGAAUCAUACGUUGAUUUGGUGGAAAUUCAAUCAUGCUGA